AGAAGCACCCGGAAAGCCACCGCCAGCCUAUUUUUUACGCUCCUUUUCCAGCAUGCUUCUUCCUCCCCCCAGUAUCUAUCUGCUGGUUCCCUAGGGGUCUUAGAAGUCUUUUGCUUCCACAAAUGACAACCAUAUUCCUUGACUCUACGACAUCCCUAGCUGUUUAUUUCGUCUUAUGCCAGUUCCAUUUUAGAAAUGCGAAUGUUGUCACCGAACCCUGAGGAAACCGGCUGUAAAAUAUGCGGGUUUAGCGAGAAGAAGCGGAGCGAGGGUGCGGUGCAAUCUUAGAGACUGAGAACAGCCAGCCUGGGGGCCUAGAAACAGCGUUAACCGCGCUGAGCCCGCUGCCCGAGGAGGAGGGGUUGGGCCUGUGAGAGGGCAGGGCCGCGUCUAUGGCCCAGCCCCGGCCCUUUGUGACAGUGUCCAACGCCUGCCACGCGUCGGAACUCGGCGCGGGGCAUCCAAGGGGCGCGAGUGACACGCGGGAGGGAGAGCGGUGUUCUGCUGGAGCCGAUGCCAGAAACCAUGCAUUUCUUAUUCAGAUUCAUUGUUUUCUUUUAUCUAUGGGGCCUUUUUACUGCUCAGAGACAAAAGAAAGAGGAGAGCACCGAAGAAGUGAAAAUAGAAGUUUUGCAUCGUCCAGAAAACUGCUCUAAGACAAGCAAGAAGGGAGACCUACUAAAUGCCCAUUAUGACGGCUACCUGGCUAAAGACGGGUCGAAAUUCUACUGCAGCCGGACACAAAAUGAAGGCCACCCCAAAUGGUUUGUUCUUGGUGUUGGGCAAGUGAUAAAAGGCCUAGACAUUGCUAUGAUGGAUAUGUGCCCUGGAGAAAAGCGAAAAGUAGUUAUACCCCCUUCAUUUGCAUAUGGAAAGGAAGGCCAUGAAGGCAAGAUUCCACCUGAUGCUACAUUGAUUUUUGAGAUUGAACUUUAUGCUGUGACCAAAGGACCACGGAGCAUUGAGACAUUUAAACAGAUAGACACGGACAAUGACAGGCAACUCUCUAAAGCCGAGAUAAACCUCUAUUUGCAAAGGGAAUUUGAAAAAGAUGAGAAGCCACGUGACAAGUCAUAUCAGGAUGCAGUUUUAGAAGAUAUUUUUAAGAAGAAUGACCAUGAUGGUGAUGGCUUCAUUUCUCCCAAGGAAUACAAUGUAUACCAACACGAUGAACUAUAGCAUAUUUGUAUUUCUACUUUUUUUUUUUUUUAGCUAUUUACUGUACUUUAUAUAUAAAACAAAGUCACUUUUCUUCAAGUUGUAUUUUCUAUUUUCCCCUAUGAGAAGAUAUUUGAUCUCCCCAAUACAUUGAUUUUGCUAUAAUAAAUGUGAGGCUGUUUUGCAAACUUAACUUGUAGGAAUGGUAUGAUUGUGUUUCCUGUUGCUUUAUUCUGUAAACGAGAAUUGUAGCACUAUGAAACAGACCUCUUGGUCCCAGUGGGCAUUUCUUCGCCUUUCAGGAUGUAGGAGGACAUAUACAGUAUGUCAAAAACUGCAAGCUUUUCCCAACUUUAACCUUACCAGCAUGUUAAUAUCCAGUUUUUUUAUACUUUAAAAGUUAAAGUGCCUCAUAUUUUUAAAAUAUCCAAUAAGGACCCAGGAAUUAGCAUUUCACUUGUUUAUACAUCUUAUAACAUUAUGAAGAGGAUAUAAAAAUCCUAGAACUGAAGAGUCUUCCUUUGGUAUAUGUGCAGGAAGAAAGUUGUAUAUCUCUGUUCCACAAAGAACACAACACAGUCUCUAUACUUUUUGGUGUAAGCUUCUAGCCUUGGUUAUUUUCCAGUGGGGAAUGUUUAAAGAUAUUUGACCAAACCAAAGACUUUACCUCUUAUAGCAAGCAUAGAGACUGUACUGCCUGGCUUUUGCAUUCCUUCAGACAUUAUUAUAAAUGUGCAACUCCUCUUCCCUCUUUAAACCUUUAUAAGAUGUCUGCCACCCCAAGCUUUUGUCUUGAUAGUUUUAAAUUGAUGCCAUGAAAUUUCUUAGUUUUUGUUCCCUUUUUCUAGUUAUCUCUUUCCUUAUGUCACCUCAUUUCCCAUCAUUCUUGUCAUUAAUGAUGAAUGAUCAUUACAAAUUGGUAUGCUGUCAACUUUUGAUAAAUGUACCAAACAAAGGAGGAUAUACAGUGCCAUGGCAGUUUUGUGUCAUGGUCAAGUUAUGAUAUCAUAUGACUUGAGAAUAGUAUGUAAGAGAUGCUGUAGAAGAUCACAUUGGUACCAAAGAAAGGGCACGUGUCUAUCAGAACAUAGAAGAUUUUGCAUACUGCAUGAUAUGGUUAGGCUUUGUGUCCACACCCAAAUCUCAUCUUGAAUUAUAAUCCCCAUAAUUUCCAUAAUCCCCACAUGUCAAUGGAGAGACCAGGUGGAGGUAACUGAAUCAUAGGGGUGGUUUCCCCCAUGCUGUUCUCAUGCAAUCUUUGGUUUUAUAAGUGUUUGAUAGUUCCUCCUGCAUUCAUUCUCCCGCCUGCCACCUUGUGAAGAAGGUCCUUGCUUCCCUGCCUUCCACCAAGAUUGUAAGUUUCCUGAGGCCUCCCCAGCCAUGGGAAACUGUGAGUCAAUUUAACCUCUUUCCUUUAUCAAUUACCCAGUCUAGGGCAGUUCUUUACAGCAGUGUGAAAGUGGACUACUACACUGCAUAUAUAGGAAAGUAUGGUCAGACAGUAAAUAGCUCUGUUCAAAAUAAUUGAGUUCCCAACAAGUAAAGUUUUUUCUACCUUCUGAAACUUGCUCUUUCCAAACCAUUGUUCAUCCUUUAACUUCUUUACACUAUCAAAAAUUCUAUUUAAAAAUAGAGGGCUUUCAGAUGAGUACAUACAAAAACAAGUGUACAUAGGGGUAACACAACCAUGAGAUUAGUAAAUAACACAUGGCUAGCACAUAAUUUGACACCUCAUAAAACAAGGAUCUGUACUAUCUUUUCCUUCCUCCCAAUAUUUCCUCAUUUCUAUGCUCAAUUUUCUAACACUUUCUCACGUGAUCAUUUACUCUUUCAUUGCCUUCCCUCAGAAAAACCUGCUCCGUUGAAGUAAACUAAGUAACUCAAUAUUCUUUAUUUUGGUUUGGAAGCUGUCUCCAUUCUCUGUAUCCAUAUUAAGAAGUCACCCUAUAAUCUAAACUUUGUAAUUCUAAUUUUUUUGUCCCAUUAUUUUUCAUACAAAGUGCUUUUAAACUUGUUUUUAAAAAAUGACAGAUAAUGCCACAUGAAUAGGGAGAUGAUUCAUUCUAAAACUUGUAUUUACAUAAUUAAAAAUAAAUUUCUAGUCAUUCUA